AUGGGCAAGGGCCGUGCCCUGACGGUCACAGAUGAUGCCCAGGUUCCCCGCCUCACCACACUCCUCCGAGCGCUAGUGGCGGACCAGGCCGGGCCCUCCGCGGCGCCGUACCACCGCAUGGAUGUUGACGUACUGACGGUGGCACGGGACGCCGUACUGGAGGAGAAGCGCCGGCAUGCCGCAGCUGGAG